AUGAUACAUGCAUCUCCAAGUCCAGAAAAACUAGCACGCACCCUCUCAAAUUCUGCCAAAGACGAAAAUGAAAAUUAUGCCGAAAUGCAAGAAGAAUAUGAACGUUUCGUUUCUGACCUACCUAUUAUUGCCAGGCCAUCGGCACCAGUCACUGGACCCAAAGUAUUUUCAUUGACUGGGUCUACUGGGUCUUUGGGCUCAUACAUCUUGAGCAAACUGCCUGAAGAAGACAAGACAUGCAAGGUUUAUUGCCUCGAUAGAGGCAAAGAUCCCGAGAAACGUCAGCUGAAUUCCAGCUCGUCUAAGGGCUUUUCAACAGAUUUUAGCCGUGUCCGUUUUCUCAGCAUGGUCACUGGUGUUACGGAAGGAUGGCUAGGAAUAAAGCUUGACCAAUACAAGGAGCUACUCAAUGAAGUAACGCACAUUAUUCACAAUGCUUGGCAAGUUGACUUCAACUUGUCUUUUAGCCAAAUGGGUGUAAUGCAUAUUCGUCGUGUUCGUCAGUUAAUUGAUUUCUCCGCUCACUCAAGAUAUGGUGCUUCCAUUCACUUCAUAUCCAGUGUUAGCACUGUUGGAAAUUGGGACCUCAACAGAUCAAAUACACCCAGCUCCUCCAGCCAUUCCACGCCAUCACAAUCAUAA